CUGAGGGUCGGUAAUGGUGCCCAUGGCCUUCAUAGUACCCCGCGGCUCGGAAGGACCCCAGCCAGGAAACAAACCAAACCGUGAGCCUUCCCGCCCGCAGCUCGCAGCCUCCCAAGGGCGUCCCUCUAACGCUUCGCGUUCCUUAGCAACGCUCCCGGAAGUGAUUGGAAAACCGUUGGCGGGAGGCGAGAAACAGAUUCCGGAAGGCCGUACGGAGGCGGGGCCUGGGCUGCGCGGGGCGGAGUCGCAUCCGGGAGGGGACGGUUUGGCCUUCACUGGGGGCGGGCGGAGCGGAGGCCGCUGCUGGGCGGGGAGCAGAGAGCAAUGCCUCUGGCGUUAUGAUCCACAGCUGUACCAUAUUACUUCAGGCUCACAACCAUCAGUUGUACUUCCCUAUGGCAUAGGUGUUAUUAAGAAGCCUCACUUCCAUUGCUUCCAAACAAGGACUGCUCCUCAUGAAAGUGUAUUGAAACAUAUUGACAAAUAACCUGCAUGAUAUUUAAAAUGCGAUGUUUCUGACCAUUGAAGUCCGGCUCUAAGGUGAAAUAAAACACGUUCCCUUGGAGAAAUUAAUUUGGGUACUUUUUUGCUAAAAAUCUCUUAACUGUUAAAAGGUCUUAACAAAGUUAAGAUAGGUCUCAUAUAGGAAUGUUUUUGGUUACUUUCUUUGGAACUUAUUAACAUUUUCAGGUGUGUUUUCUCUGGGAUUCAGUCUCCUCAUUCGCAAAAUGAAUUAAACAUAGGAUUUUGAAUUGGAAGAAAUAUUAAGGAUGAUCUACUCCACUGCCUUCAUUUUAACACUGAAGAAACAAACCCUGGGAAUUAUAGGGGCUUGCUCAAAGUUAUUCAUUGAGAGGAACCUCAAGCUUUAGCAACUAUCACCCUGAUCAAUCAACAGGCAUCAACAUCAACCCUUCACCAGCAAAAAGAUUACAACUUGCUAAAGGCUCAGAUUAUGGUUAGCAUUUUUUUUUUGGCAAUAAAACAAUAUUAAAUAAAGGUAUGUACAUUGUUUUUAGGUGGAAAUUGCAUACUUACUAGGCUAUAGUAAAAUAAUUUUUAUAUGCAGUAGGAAACAAAAAAAUUAAUGACUAACUUUUAUUUUGAUAUUUGCUUUGUUGUGGUAGUCCACAAUAGAACCCACAGUAUCUCUAAGAUAUAUAUGUCUGUAUGCUGAUAAGUAUAAAUUAACCAGCUUUCAAAAAAAGGAAAAGAAAUCAAAAUAAAACUUUUAAAUUUAAACUGUUAGUAACCUUUUGUACAUUGCCUUCCUAAGUUUUGAUCAUCAAUUAAACAAAAAAACAAGACUUAAUUUGUUAACAUUUGCUCCAUUUGAAGUGUAGAUAUUUACAAUGAAAAUUUAACGUGAGCUUUCAUAAAUUGGGCUGACCUGGCUUCAGACUAGACAAAAGUUGCUUUAGGGCCUGGUCUCUAGUGUGAGUAUUUACAUGGUUGGUAAAGAAACUGGUGGUAGACAAAAGGAGAGUCAAGUGUAUGCUGAUUUAGAUGAUCUCUGUAUUAAGCAUAGCCUCAGACCCUGCAACUAUUUUUAUUUAUACUGGGGAAUGGAAUGGAAUGUAGGCCAUAUUUGGAAAAUUAAUUGGAGCUAGUCUCUAGAGGAUUAUCCAGCUACAGCUGUAACAUCUUGACCUAGACCUUUGUGAAAAUAUAGCCCCUAACUCUGUUACCAUCUUGUUGUCUAUAUUUUUAGGUAGUUAACAUAGCAGCACAAUCUUCAGGGACACAUGAAGUGAUGUUCUGGACUAGAAGUCAAAUUCAUCCUAGUUGUUUGUAUUACUACAUAGUGAUGUCUGUGUGGUGAUGGUUCUCAUGGAAACAAAGUAAUAACAUCACUUCCUAACACAAGAAAUGCCUAGAAACUCCUAUGGUUUAUGUAAAACUUGCUUUUUUAUUUCCUCAUCUUGCUUAGCUAAAAGGUUUUCUGUCUAAAUAAAAGAAACACAAAUUAAUAAGAAUAGCUUGAUUACUAGUGAAGGCAUUUUGAUGUUUUGAAGUAGGCUUUCUAUUUCUUUAAGUCUCUUCAAGUUAAUUUUGAAUAUUACAAUAAAUACUUGUUAAAGAUUUCAUUGAACUAUGAAAGCAUUUUCUCUAAGGCUAUAAUUUUUAGAACCACUCUAAACUCCUUUUCCUAGUAUACCUGUGAGAAUUGUAAUGUCUUUGUACCUAGAAUAGGGUAAUAAGUAGAACCAAUAGAAAAUCAGUUUGAGUAGAGUAUUGAGUAGAUCUGAGAAUUCCUGAAUAACUAAAUUAAAGCCAUUAUAUUAGAUGAAAUAAUUUUGUAGGUAAAGUGUUUUUGUUAGCAACAUUUUGCAUGUAGCUUCAUAUUCUUUGUGGACCAGAAUUUAUAGUUUUAAUAGUUUAAAAAUGAUUAUUAACCAGAACAAUACAGAACAAUUGAAAUAUGCAAAAGCAGUUGGGAAGCUCUUAAUUUUGCAUAGUCAUUUAAAAAGAAAACUCAAUGACUCCUGAACAGUGUAUCUAAUAAUUAAUAAUUAAGUAAUUAUUUUGAUGUAUAUAGGGAUAUGUAGGAUAUGCCAAAACAGAGUUAAUAGCUUAUAUAAAUAUAAAUCAUAUAUAUCUUUUAAGUAUUACAAAACAUUAUCAUAACAACUGUAAAAUCUUAGUUCAUGUGAAUGAAUUAAUAUAUAAAAUGUAAGGACAGAGAUACAAAUCAGGUAAAUUUGAAUUUUCAUAGUAGAAACUAAAGUUCAGUGUAUACUUGUGUUGGAGAUCAUCAAGCAUAGUUGAUAGAAUUUGUAGAAAUAUUCAUAAAAUAAAUAAAUCGUGGGAUAAACAAAGUUGUUUCUACUUUGUGUUUAUGAGGAUAAAAUGUUUCUUUUUGUGUACCUAAACAACCAACAAAAAUAUUUAGAAUUAAGCUAACUACAGUUGCUACAGUCAUGAAAAUGAAGAAUCAAUGUAAAAUUGGAGUUUGAAGUUAUAUUUCUACCAAAUUCUACACUUAUUUUUGGUUCUGUUUAUAUAGAACUUAAAAGUUUUAUCCCUAGGUCAGCAGGAUUCCAGUGCUCUUGUCCACUAUGCCAUGGUCAAAUCACAGAAUUUCUAGCAUUGGAAUAGAACUAAGGAGUUAUCUUGUAUAACCUAUAUCUAACAUAGAAAUCACAGAUUCUUGACAAAUGAUCAUAUAGCCUCUAUUUAAAGUCUCUAGUGAAGGUAGGUACUCACUUCUUUCCUAAAACAGUUCUCUUAAAUACUUAUUAGCUCUUAAUUGCUAGUAAAUUUUCUCCUGACAUUUAUCUCAAAUCUUCUUCUCAAACUUUUACACAUUGCUCCCAGACCUGCUAUAUAUAAAGAUCUAAGUACAAGUGUAAUCUCUUCCAAAAUUUUAUUUAUUUUAUUAAUUUUUUAUUUUUAUAUCACAAUAAUUUUUCCAGUCCGCUCUUAGUGAAUUAAGCUCUUUCUUGUGAUGAAGCAGAUUGAUUCUAUACAAAUACCUUAUCUGAGAAUAUAUGCAAUAUUAAAUACAGUAGUCUCUUUCCCUUUCUGUCAUCAGGAAAGAGAGAUGUUUCAUCAUCUCAGCUUCAUAAAAACUUCAUUAUUCAGAGUUCAACUUCCUUUAGUGCUACACCAUUGUAGUUAUUGUGUAUAUCAUCCUUUUGAUUCUCUUUAUUUUGCUCUGUGUUGAGUUGAAUAGAAAAUUAUAUUUUCAAAUACAUGACUUAGGAGAAGCAUAAGAUGGUGAUCAAGAAAUGGAUCAUAAGAGACUUCAUAGAGUUGAUAUGGAAGAUGAUACUUGUAACUCAUAACAACUUUCUCAUUAGGGCAGUUAGAAGGAGUAUGUAUAUAGACAGAGGACAUAGGUGUGAGUUGAAAAUGAAUAGAAUUAAGGGCUGAGAGAGAAAUGUAUUGGGAGACUGAAAAAAGGAAAGGUGAAAUGGCAUAAAUUAUCUGUCAUAAAAGAGGUAAGAAAAAGCUUUUAGAGUAGAGGGAAAGAAGAGGAGAAAAGAAAGAAUGAAUGAAUGAACCUUACUCUCACCAGAAUUGGCUCUAAGAAAACAUAACAUCCAUACUCAAUAUGGAUAUAGAAAGUGAUCUUACCCUGCAGGAAAGUAGGAGAGGAAAGAGAUAUGUGAAAGGGGGAGGGUGAUACAAGAGAGAGCACAUUGGGGAAGGGUCUUCUGACUUUUGAGGAGGGUCAGAUAAAAGAAGAGAGAAUAGAAUAAGGACGGGGGAGAGAAAAAUAGUUAUCAAUAGUAAUUGGGGGAAAAAAAUUGAAGUAAAGUUUCUCUAGUGAAGGCCUCAUUUCUCCAAAUGUAUGGAGAACUGAAUCAAAUUUAAGCCAUUCA